AGCCCUGAAGAGUCUUUCCACGGCCCAUUUUUCGCCUUGCAGUCCUAAGUCCCAUGUGGAGACCCCAAAACUUUAUAUAAAGGGAUAUAGUUUGAAUUCUGUGGAGUGUAAUUUUGUAUAUGAGUUAUAUUUUUAAGACAUUGAAGAGUUUUCAGAAAGAAGGAUUAGUAGAGUUCAUUACUGGUACUUGAUACAAAGCAGUGAUUCUGUCAGUGAUACAAUAUUUUGUCAGGCCUUUUGGGUAACACUAGGAAGGACAAGCGCUGUCUUGGUAAAUUGAUUCAUCUUUAAUUACAGCUUGGCUGAUACUAUGACCGAAGGGUCCUUAAGGGAAGAGCAGGGCAUUUAAUUUUUAAAUGCAGCAUUAAAAAGUGAGUACUGUGGACAUUUUAUGGUUAACUAAUUAAGUUUAUGGAGGAAAUGUCUUCAGUUGAUCAAGAAUAGUAAAGUGGUAUACAAAGCCAGGAAGAAACCAUGUUGCUACAGGAUUGGAAACAAGUAUAGACAAUAUUUAGCAAAGAUGGAAGUGUUUACAGUUUGUGAACUUUAAGCAAACUUAAUUUGACAUAUGUGCACUAGAACAGGCACAGGUUCAACAAAGCUUGUGACUUCCCCCAAAAUUGUUAAGCAGUAUAACCCACUUAAGGAAAUAUUAAGAUUAUAAGCUAUGUGAAAUUAGGCUUUGACGGCGUAACUGUAUGAAGACUUUAAUUACUUUUGUUUACUAGAAUAAAAUGAGAUUUUUGGAUGUCAUAUUAAAGUGCCUCUAGGAAAAGAAGCUUGCCUGUAAUUUUUCACUCCUGUGGCACAAUUAAAGAUUGGCCUGAUAUCGAGGCUUCAGUGCUUUAACUUGAAUGUAGAUUAAAGGCAUAAUUUAGGUAUUCUGUAGUUGCUUACAGUUUUGAGAAUAUAAACCUUAAAAAAAAAGCAAGGAAUAUUAACACUUUUAGAAAUGCAUCAACGUUUUUUGGCUUUUUGGAUAGUAUUACACUAAAUUAUGAGCAGAUAGCACUUGGAUUACCUAAAAGAGUUCAUACAGUUACAAAGAACCCUAAGUAGUGUCUUGGUAAUUUAGGAAAGAUACUCAUCCUACUUGACUAUAAACUCAUGUAAAUCCAGUAAAGGAAAUGUAGUGAAUUCUGCAUAAGUAAAAGUAUCAUUUGCUUUCUUUUCAUGGUAAAAAUCUAAUUUAGAGUGAAGAAAUUUCACGUGAAGGUUUUAGCUAUCCAACAGUACUGUCACCUACUAAUGCACAAAACUACCUCCCAAAGAGUUGUUCGAGGUCCCUCGAAUCAAAAACAUUAAGAGUAUAAUGGAAGAUAGCACGGUCUUGUCAAAUUGGACAAACAGCAACAAACAAACAAUGAAGUAUGACUUUUCGUGUGAACUCUACAGAAUGUCUACAUAUUCAACUUUCCCUGCCGGUGUUCCUGUCUCAGAGAGGAGUCUUGCUCGUGCUGGUUUCUAUUACAUGGGUGUGAAUGACAAGGUCAAAUGCUUCUGUUGUGGCCUUAUGCUGGAUAACUGGAAACACGGAGACAGUCCUGUUGAGAAGCAUAGACAGCUCUAUCCUAGCUGUAGCUUUAUUCAGAAUCUGGUUUCAGCUAGUCCGGGCUCCACCUCUAAGAACACUCCAGUGAGAAACAGUUUUGCACAUUCACUGUCCCCUACUUUGGAGCACAGUGGCUCAUUCAGUGGUUCUUAUUCCAGCCUUUCACCAAACCCCCUUACUUCUGGGGCAGUUGAAGAUUUCUCUCCACUGAAGACUAGUCCCUACAGUUAUGCAAUGAGUACUGAAGAAGCCAGACUUCUUACUUACCGUUCGUGGCCAUUAACCUUUCUGUCACCAUCAGAACUGGCAAGAGCUGGUUUCUAUUAUGUGGGACCUGGAGACAGGGUAGCCUGCUUUGCCUGUGGUGGGAAGCUGAGUAACUGGGAGCCGAAGGACGAUGCCGUGUCGGAACACCGGAGACACUUUCCCAGCUGCCCGUUCUUGGAAAACUCUCUAGAAACACUCAGGUUUAGCAUUUCAAAUCUGAGCAUGCAGACACACACAGCUCGGAUGAGGACGUUCAUGUACUGGCCUUCCAGUGUUCCCGUGCAGCCCGAGCAGCUUGCAAGUGCUGGUUUUUAUUACGUGGGUCGCAAUGAUGAUGUCAAAUGCUUUUGUUGUGAUGGUGGCUUGAGGUGCUGGGAGUCUGGUGAUGAUCCGUGGGUGGAGCAUGCCAAGUGGUUUCCAAGGUAAUGGUUUUGAGAAG